CAUAUAUGGCCUUGUCAUAUCAAUAAGUGUAAUCAAAGUAUAGACUUGUAUUCACGUAAUGAUGCGUUUAUGUGUGGUACUUCUGUUUCUAGCAUUUACUGCUGUAUAUGCUUAUCCUAUUGAAAAUUCAUACCAAACAUUGUUGCAGCAAGUGAAUGAACUUCAAAGAACAGUGGCAAAAUUGGAGAAAUCAGUUGAACAAAAUAGUUUAAUGGCAAGAAAUAAACGAGACGUCAGCCCUCCAGUCGGUAUAUCGUUUUCUGCAAUUCUAGAUGAUGUGCUAAAUAACAUCGUUAUUGGACAAACCAUCGUUUUCGACAAGGCAUAUAUCAACGACGGCGACGCAUAUGAUACAAAUACCGGAGUGUUUACCGUACCGAUUGACGGCGUUUACUUGUUGUCAUACUUUGUUGGAGAGUACGGCCAAGAUCAGGCGUUGUUACGACUUCUAGUAAAUGGUCAAAACAAAGUGGAUGUUGUUGCAGAAGGUAUUCAGGUCGAACAUAAUGAUCAAGGUGGAAAUUUAGUCAUUUAGAAACUUAGAACUGGAGAUAGAGUCCUGAUACAAGCGUACGGUGUUUCUAAUUUUCACAUCGACGGUGGUGCAAGUUAUAAAUUUACUUCAUUUUCCGGUGUUUUGUUGUACGGAGCUGGUAUUUAGUUUCCCAUAAACAAUAACAUAAAACUGACCAAUUUACAAGGGUUUAGGUUAUAAUUGAGCUUGAAUAUUACUUUAUGAUGUAAGUUUGUCAUGAAUACUAGUAAGUUUUUUGCACAAUGUCACACCCUAUUAGUAAUACGAGCUUUUCGAACAGAGCACCAAAUGGUGCACUGUUCGCAGUCGUUGCCUUUCGGAGCUCCCCUAUGAUCUCUAUUCGACGCAUUUCCCUUAUUAUGUUCCAUGAUUUGAUUUUAUAAUAAAUUUUGUAUUUUGAUACUGGACGAAGUAUGAAGUUGUCGGACUGUUAUACUGCAACCUAUUCCUUAACAGUAAAACGUUAAUAUCUAUAGGACAAAUGACCCUGGUAGUCCACAUGUCAUAUCCAUGGUUUGUAAAAUAUAUCUGUUCCAUGAAGCUUAUUCAUGGACUUUCCAAUAUGUAAAGCCCCAACGCACCUCAUUUGGUCAUUGACAACCCAAGUAUACAAUGGAUUCCUGCUGAGAAAAAUAAUGAUAAAUACGAAAUUCUUGUUAUCGGGUCUGACGAGGAAUGUACAUUCAAUGUAUCAAUAGAGAACUGCAUGCUUAAUUCCCCAUGUUUCCAAAAAAUGAAAAUGAUAUUCUGCUAAUUUUGACAACGUAAAUAAACCCACCUACGUUUAAUAUUAGUGCAAGUUUUAAAGAACUUCCAGUAUAAACAUUUGUUAUAUACAAUGAGGUUAUGUCUUUUCUAAGCAUCAAGACUAAACGCAUAAGAAAAUGCCGGUCUCCAAUUAAAUAACACCAUCAUUAUUCUGCUUUGUCUAUAGUUUCUAUAAGAAAUGCGAUGAAAACCGCAAAACAUUUUUUCUUCUUCUUUUUUUGUCAAAUUCAUAUUGAACACACGAUAAUGUUUAUUUGCCUUAAAGAUAAUUCUUGAAUUGAAAUGUACUAUAAGUUUUGAGUUGGACAAGUUCGAUAUACGUCUUAGCAGUAUUUAUUUUAAUAAUAUAAAAUAUUUUUUAGUCAAAGAAUUAUCACAUAUUUCAAUCUGUUUAAUUGUAUUAUGUACUGUUUGGGGUUUAUUUUUGUAGGACAGCUAAACUCGAGUCAACAUUACUUAGUUCCUAGGUCUGCGGAACUAUGUUAACUUACUUGGUGUUAUAACUGUCAUAUAGUUAUACAAAGUUUGACAUCUUACACAUCUGGGCAUAUCGGUGAUAUAUUAUAAGCAUGUUAACUAAAACUGUACACGCAGCAAGGAUUCUAGCAAUAAGAUGAUGAUAUGGUGCUUUCACUGUACCAGGAUCUCGCGAGGGUGUGUAGUUAUAGAAUAUAAUAGACAAAUACAGAAUCCCUAAAGAAAGCCCAACACGACAAAAUUGAAUAUGUUGCAGGUUCUGUUUGAUUGAGCCUGUUUAUGGAC